GGCGGCCUCGCUGCUCUGUGGUGCGCGGCGACGUUUAAUGGCGGCCACGAGUACCGCGGCGCUGGUGGGGGGCACUCGGGAGUCGGGUUCCGGGGUGGCGGCACAAGGGCGGAAGAAAACCUACGGCAAGGGUGAUCCUCAUAGAAACUACUAAAGACUGCAAAGAAUUGAUUCUAGGCAAAGUAACAGUGAAAUAGAUUAUACUGAUCAAGUAAGAUGGAUCCAUGCUCAGUUGGAAUUCAGCUCCAAACUGCUAAUGAAUGUCAUAAGAUAUACUAUACCCGUCACGCUGGCUUCAAGACUAAGCAAGAUCUAUCUUCAUCCGAUCUGCUACUACUUCAGCUUAGGACUGGAGUGACUCUUUCUGAGAACAAUACAAUCUGCUUCCAUCAUGCAAAAAUUUACAUUGACAGAUUUGAAGAUCUGCAAAAAUCAUGUUGUGACCCAUUUAACAUACACAGGAAAGUAUCAAAGAAAAACUUACGCGCAAUCGACUUAGAUGAUGCAGCUUUUCUAAGUGCCAAGUUUGGAAGACAGUUUGUACCUGGUUGGAAGCUUUGUCCAAAGUGUACACAGAUAAUCAAUGGAAGUGUGGAUGUUGACCCUGAAGAUCGCCAAAGAAGGAAACUUGAUUCAGACGGGCGAACAGCUAAAGCUUUGAAGUCCUUGCAGUUUGCUAAUCCAGGACGACAGACUGAAUUUGCUCCAGAAAGCAGUAAAAGGGAAAAAAGAAGGCUACAAACAAAAAGCACAUCGGUUAAUUCUGACAGGCAAGUCAUCCCAGCAAAGAGUAAAGUCUAUGAUAGCCAGGGACUUCUGCUUUAUAGUGGGAUGGAUCUCUGUGACUGUCUUGAUGAAGAUUGCCUGGGAUGCUUCUAUGCUUGUCCCAAGUGUGGUUCCAACAAAUGUGGAGCUGAAUGCCGCUGUGAUCGCAAGUGGUUAUAUGAACAAAUUGAGAUAGAAGGAGGAGAAAUUAUUCGCAAUAAGCAUGUGGGUUAAUUUAUAAGUAUUUGUGUUGCAUUCCAAUACAGAAUUUGAUGGUCUAAUGAAAAUCAGUGGAACCUGUCAUAACACACAUGAACAGUCUGUUCAGACUUACAAAUUCAUUGUUUGAUAUGGUUUAGAAAGGUUGUUACUCAUACUAAUUGUGUGUUGUCACACUUCAUUCCACCUUGUACUCAUCCAUACAAACCAGCAAAAAGGCUGGAACAAUGCAGUGCUUGACUGUUCAGUGAGAGUUUGAAACUGAGUGGCUGGUUAAGUGUUAAAAGAAAUUUGGGAUUAGCUGCUGCAUAUGCCCUGCUAUGUAGAGAAGGCUCUUUCUCCAUGCAUCUCUUCUUUCUCACCUCUCCCCUUAAAGACUUGGUGUUCAUGUUUGUUUUUACUAUCUUUUAAAAAUAAAUGUAGUCUCUUUAAGUUUAAAAUGUAAGCAGUGGCAGUCGUGACCAGUAUUAGCAGGUGUAUAACAAAUAGUAAAUGCUGUAUUUUCUAAAAUGAGUUUUGGGACUGUUAUAGCACAGUUAAACAUCUAACAAUAUAGGGGCUAAAUCAACAUGUUCAUUGCACUGGUUUGCUAUAAAUAUACUUUUAAAAAUAUAAAUAAGCUCUAUCCUAAUUAUUUUAACAGUAUUUACCACUUAGGGGGUGCUGUCUCACAGAUGGCAGUUGAUAGCUUCUGAUAGUUGCACCAUUGGAAAAGAACUAAUAUUUCAGGAUGGGGGAAAUCCUGACUUUAACACCAAAAGUAUAAAGACUGUCAGCACUGCUUUUACAAACCCAUUGCUUUGGAGCUUGAUAACUGGGAUGUUUGUUUAAAACAAACCCUUUCCUGAAUGAAACUUGGCAUAUACUCUGUCUAUUCAGGUUUGAAAUAAAACUCAGUAACUAUCUGAUUAUAGGAGCACAGUUAUGGAGGCAGGACUCUGCAACACAUUGUUUAAACAAAUCUUUCCCAGGUAACCUAGAUGUGGUUUGUCUUCUGUUUGCUUUGUUUUGUUCAUUGGGGUGGACAAAGGAUGCCUUUCUUUUGAAGAUACCUUAGUAUUACAGCACAUUUGCUGAGAAUAUUUUUGAUAGCAGUUGAGAAGGCUAGAUCAUCUUCCCUGCUAUAGCUACUCUGUGCAUCCAGCUUAAACAGUCACUUGCAGAUUCUCCCUAGAUAGAUGAAUCAGAGCAGCUUAGAAUCAUAUAGUGCUCUUACAGCCCCUAACUCCCUCUCCCCAGCCAGGUUACUAGGUAUGUUGCUGAUGCUGCCCCUUGAAACUAUGGAUAGCUGACAAAAUGUAGAACAACCUGAAGGCUGCUCACUUACACUGGGGAACUGGAUCAGCAGUGGGCAAGAGCAAAGCCAUCUUUGCAACCUACUUCCUAAAGUGAACUGGGUGAGCAAAAGCUGAAACUGGCAUAGAGUUUAUGUUUGUGGUCAUAUGCAUGUGGGGCAUCUGGAUUGUAGUGGCUUCCAUAACAUUUGUUAUCACAAGCCUAUGAUAGAAUUGCUUCUUACUGUUUUGCUUCUCUCUUCAGCUACUAUAGGGGAUCAUAGCAUAAAGAAACUACUUCAUGAUAUAUUUCUGUAACCAUCUGCCAGAUUCAAUAUCUAGUUUUAGAGACAAACAUUUUUUCAUGUUCUUUGGAAUUGUCACUGCAUUGACAUAAUUUGAUGUACUGCUUUACUAUAAAGUCUUACUUGGGUUCUAAAUAGGAUUAUUUAAAUCAUUUAGACUUACAGUUAAUUCUGUAGUAAACAAAAAUUCAACAUGGCUAAUCCACGGUAAACUGAACUGCAUACUUUAAUGGCUUUUUUUGGUAAAGGUUUACAGAUGCAGCUGAAAAUAGUCCAGAUGUCUUUCCUCUGUUGUUUAGACUAAAAAUAGCCAAACUGUUGUGCAAACCAAUUGAGUUUAAAUAAUUUCAACCAAAGAGUAAAUUUAGUAUACCUAGUUUCAGACAGAAUUAACAUUUCACAGCUGAGUUUUACAAAACUCCUGUAAAUUGAAAUUUUAUAGUAGAAAUGCUAAUAAAUUCUUAACAAGUUAGACCUAACAGCUGUACAGUUGAACAUAGCAUUGUUUUGAAUAAGAGAAACAUAGGAAAAUCUUGUACAGUCUUACUGUAGCUUCAGACUUAUUUUGUCAAACUUACAUAUUUUUGGACUGAUUUGCAUCAAUUUUGCUCAAGGAUGCCAUGUAACUAUUGCCUUUUGAAGGAUUUUCUUGGUAAAAUUUUGUGAUAGUGUAAUUUUGCUAUUUAGUACAGGGAUUCUCGGGACAAAUUUUUUGGUGGCCUCAGAGUGUGGCCACUAACUCUUCCUGGGGGCCGCUGUCACACUUUUCCCUAAAAUACUUAAUUACUGUUAGAAAAAAUAAAUAUACACAUUUACAUGUCCAAAUCAUUGUAAUUUAUUUAUUACUAGCUAAUAAGCAUGUUGUGAAAAGUGAUCUUAACAAACAUACAAGUAUCACUUUUCACAACAGACAUACUCAGCCCCGGCAAGCCUGGGGACAAAUUAAACCCUUGAUGUGGGAGAGGAGGGCCGAGGGAGGCAGCAGGGGGCUGCAGCCUGAAGCUCCGUGGCUGGAGGAUGUAGCCCAAAGCUGCGCAGCUGGGAGCCCAGGGCUGCAAUCUGAAUCCCUGUGGCAGGAGCCUCCCCCCCCCACAACCUCAGGGCUGAAGUCCAAAGCCUAAGCCCCACUUCUCUUGGGAAGGUGAGGAACUCACUGGCUGCCUGCUUCUCCAGUGUUGUGUUCCAGGUGUCUCCGGGGGGGGGGGAGAGGGCAACCCUGCUGGUGGCCCCAGUAACCAACACCAAGGUGGUGCAUCCAGGAACACCAGGGAGGGGCUGCUGCUUUGCUCUUCCCCUCCUCCCUCCCCCUCCCCCCCCCCCCAACAAUCCAGGAGGCUGUGGCCGCAUUCGUGAAACGCUGGUUUUUAGUAUAGGUAUUUUCAUUUCCAAUAAAUGAUGUGAAACUCAGGAGGUUUGCAGCUGUAGAGCUGGUACUCAUGAAAUAUUAAACUCCAAAUCCGACUCAUGCUGCAUUUUAAUCUGCUUGCUUUUAAGAUAAUGUUGGUCGUUCUUUUCUUUUAUCAUUGGAUUUUUGAUUCAUGCAAUACUAACUAUGAAAUAAUUCACUGAAAUGUAAUGUAAAAAAAUCCCUUGGCCUUUCAAGUUCUGGUAAACUUUCUGGAGCAUUAAAGCACAAUCUUACUCCUUACGCUCUCAAUUUUAUAAGAAGUCUUGUAAUUUUUGUUAAUCAAAUGCAAAUAAAUAUAAAUGACAGUAACUUUUAA